AUGGCACGACGGACCAUGUCUAGGUUGAUGGUCGCGGCAGUCGUGUCGUUGCCCGCGGCUUUGUCGGCGCAGAUGCCGCUUUCUCACAGCCUCUCUGGACCAGCAAGCAAGAGUCCUUUUACGGGCGACUUUGGAAGAUAUGUGGAGGGUCUGAUGGAUGAGUGGAAGUUGGCCGGUAUGGCCGUAGCCGUCGUCGACGGCGACGACGUCUUCACAAAGGUUCGUCCGCAGCCACGCACUCUUAUGCCUGUGGGCCCUCAUCAUCAGGCGGACCGGGAGCCACGCCCGAGACCCUCUGGUGCGUUGGCUCCACGACCAAGGCACAACUCGCGGCGUCCCUGGCCCACCUCAUCGACACCGAGCACAACUCUCAAGGACGGCUGGUCGACGCGUAUCUCGUCCAUCAUCCGCGACGACUUCGUCCUCCAAGACGCACAUGCUACAGAGCAUCUGACGCUCGACGAUGCCGUCAGCCACCGCACGGGCUUGCCGGGCCACCACCUCUCGCUGGCCACGUAUCCCAACUCCAGCACGCCCGUCAAGGAUGCUGUCCGGAACCUGCGCAACCUCCCCAUCCAGCUGGAGCUCAGGCUGGAAUGGCACUACUGCAACCCCAUGUGGCAGGUCCUGACGCACGUCGUCGAGACCGUGACGGGGAAGUCGUUGCGCGAGACCCUGGAGAGGGUCAUUUGGGCCCCCCUGGGAAUGAAGUCCACGUUUCUCGACGUGGACAGCGCCAAGGCGUCCGGGCUGGAUCUCUCCACGGGGUAUUGGUACGACGGAAAGAAGGGGAGGCACGUCGCCAUGCCCUUCAUCGCCACAGCCGAGGUCUCUGGCGCGGGCGCCGUCAUCUCUAGCGUACUUGACCAUGCGAAGUGGGUAAAGGCGCUCUUGAAGGGGGAUGCGUUUCUCUCGGAAGCCGUGCACGAGGACGUGGUCCGGCCGCGCUUCAUUUCCAUGACGGAGCCGAGCCGGGGCUCCGACGUGACGACAUACGCGCUGGGCUGGUUCCGGACGCGACUACACGGCGAGAUGACGAUUUGGCACUCUGGUUCGACGAGCACGCACGGCGCGCUGGUGUACUGGCUGCCGGAGAGGCAGUACGGCGUUGUUGUUUUCGCGAACUACCCCAACGGCGUCAUGAAGGCGGUUACAUAUCGCCUCAUCGAGGACAGAUUGGGUGUUCCGCAGGACAAGCGUAUCGACAUUGACGGAUUAGAAAAAGAAGACGUCAGAAAGGCAAAGCAGGAUUUUGCCAACGCCACGGCCCUGCUGUUCCCCGACCUGCCUUCUCCUCGUCUCCCUCCCUCGGUGGACAUGGCAUCGCUCGCAGGGACAUAUCACCAUGACGGAUAUGGAAAGCUCAAGCUCAUACUCACCCAACAGGCCGUUGGUGAGGAUGGGGGCAGGGGAAGGACACUGCUGGUUGCGGAUCGGCCAGAGCUCAUCUUUGCGCAGCGGGUGACACUGCAGCACGCUUCGGGGGAUUACUGGACGUCACUGUGGCGGACUAGAGAUGACGACCCUGAGGCUGGGCAGUUCUUCAAAGCGCGCUUCGUCAUGGGUAGCGACGGCGAGGUGCAAGCGCUCGAGGUUACACAUCGGGCUGGUGCGCAUGGGUUCUUGGACGGGGUUGUGAGCUAUGCGAGGGUCAGAUAG